CGCUAAAACCCUAUUUUAUUAAACUCUCUCAUUAACAUUCAAACUCACUACUCACUUCUGAGUUCUGAUCAAAAUAUGGAGGUCCACCGAGAUAUUCUCUGAGAUACCCAGGGAGUCUCCCGUCUCGUAUGCUAUCAAAUUCUCACGCCUGCCCGUUGCCAGUACUCCGUUCUUCACGGCUCACACAAUCUGUACUUCUUCUACACACAAUUCUACUCUUUGAGAGAGAGAGUGAGAGAUUGUGAAAAACGGUUUCGAACUUUGAAGAAACAUGGGUGAACUGUGACAUUUUUUUGUCCAGCCCUGGAUUUGAAGUUCUUACCCUUUUAUUAACUAAUCUUAUAAAACCCAAAUCGAGUUGAAGCGAGCAGAACUUUGCCUGCAAGGGGUAAUUGAAUUGUCAUCUAGGGUUCAUGGGUACAGUUGAUGAUAAAUCAGAUGAUGAGUAUUCUGUAAUUGGUGAUAAAGGAGAUCUUGGGCACAUUGACAUUGAGGAACAUAAAUCUUCUGGUAGCUAUGACCCAAAUGGAGAGAAUGAGAAAUUUGCAAUAUCCAUUCCAUUUCCCUUGGUAAAUGGAAGACCCACAUCAGGCUCUGUAGGAGAAAGAAUUGUCAAUUCAAUCACAGUAACGAGUACUACAGAAGACCCGCUGGAGUUAUCAAUUAAGAUAUAUGACUCAAAACCUGAGGAUUCGUUCACACUUUCUUUGAUGGAACCUCCAACAGAAAAUUCUAAUGCAGAGUAUAUUGAAGAAUUCAUGGAGUCCUUUAGUGUGGAGGACAAAACAUUGAUGCCAGGAAAGAUUUUUAUGGUUUGGCUCUCUUGCAAACCCAAGGAAAUUGGGUUGCACACAUCAGCUGUACACUUUAAUGUGGGUGAGGAGACAAUAGAGCGACUGGUUUUUGUCUUGGCAGAGGACAAGGUUUGCCAGUCCUUGGUUUCAAAGAGGCCAUACCACAGAGCAAGGAAGAAGAAAGUUGAGGUUUUCUCUGGUGAUGGCUUUAUUUUGGGCUCUCGUCCUUCAAGGGCUUCAAAUCGGCCCUUCAAAAACCGGCUUCCUGAAUAUCCAAUUCCAACAGAAAUCAUAGAGCUGGUAGAGAAAAAUCAGAGGCCUGAUGCUAUCAUAGAAGGUUUAAGGAAGGAAAACUAUUUCGAUUAUUUCAGAACAUUAUUAGCAAUUGAAGAAAUGAAAAUUAAGCAAGAUAUGAGGGAGUAUGAUAUGGAGUGUGUGACCAUGAAGCAUAGGGGCAUGCAGUUUUUAUCCCUUGAGGUCCCAGGUCUGGCAGAGAGAAGGCCUUCACUUGUUUAUGGAGACUUCAUUUUUGCACAGCCAGCAUAUCAAGAUGCUAGUGGGAUGAAACCUUAUCAGGGCUAUAUACAUCGAGUAGAGGCUGACGAAGUGUUUUUAAAAUUUGACAAAGAUUUUCAUGCAAGGCAUAGAGUGGGUAAUGUCUAUAAUGUACAAUUCACUUAUAAUCGGAUUGGUGUGCGGAGGAUGAUUCAAGCCAUUGAAUCUGCAAAUAGCUUGACAAAGGAAGUUCUCUUCCCUUCUGAAGUAUAUGGAAGGAGAAAUAUUCCAACCACUCCGCUGAAACCAAUAUCAUGUAUGCUUAAUGAAGAGCAGAUGAGGGCUGUUGAGAAAAUUCUUGGUUGUAGAGGAGGUCCUGCUUACGUUAUCCACGGGCCUCCUGGCACCGGGAAAACAAAGACACUUAUAGAAGCUAUCCUUCAGCUAUACACUGGGAGAAACAAUGCUAGAAUUUUAGUUUGUGCUCCAUCAAAUAGUGCUGCAGACAGUAUACUGGAGAAACUUCUCAAUGAACAGGCAGUUGAACUCCAGCACCAUGAAAUUUUAAGGCUUAAUGCGAUCACGCGUCCUAUCGAUGACGUCUGUCCUGAUCACCUCGAGUUUUGCUUUGUUGAAGAUGAAACUUUUAAGUGCCCCCUUCUGAGGGACCUGAUUCGUUAUAGGAUCAUAAUAUCAACCUAUGCUAGUACCUAUCUUCUUUAUGCAGAAGGCAUUAAGCGAGGGCAGUUCUCUCAUGUUUUCUUAGAUGAAGCAGGACAGGCUUCAGAGCCUGAGACCAUGAUUCCUCUUUCACAUCUUUUAAGGAAGGAAACUGUGUUUGUUCUUGCUGGUGAUCCUUUGCAACUUGGUCCUGUUGUUUUUUCGAAAGAUGCUGAAAAUUGUGGUCUUGGGAAGUCAUUCAUGGAAAGGAUUUACGAAAGCCCAAUAUAUAGAGGUGAAAAUUAUAGUACUAAAUUAGUGAGAAACUAUCGGUGCCAUCCAGCAAUUCUGAAACUUCCAUCAGAAAUGUUUUAUGGAGGGGAGUUAAUCCCAUGCAAAGAAGAAUUAGAAGAUGAUGAAAGGCCAUCCAGGGCUGGGGUUGAUCUCCUUCCUAACAAUGAGUUCCCUUUGCUUUUCGUUGGAGUACAAGGUUUUGAUGAGAGGGAAGGAAGCAAUCCCUCAUGGUUUAAUAGGAUCGAGGCUAGCAAAGUUGUUGAAAUCGUCAGAAAUCUAGUUGAAGACAAUGGAUUUAGAGAGGAAGAUAUUGGAGUGAUAACACCUUACCGGCAACAAGUGCUCAAGAUAAAAAAUGUUCUUGAGAGUUUUGAUUGGAAUGGCAUAAAGGUUGGCAGUGUGGAACAGUUCCAAGGUCAAGAACGAGAAGUGAUCAUUAUAUCUACAGUUCGUUCAACUGUGAAACAUAAUGAAUUUGACAAAAUUCACUACUUAGGAUUUUUGAGUAACCCUAGAAGAUUUAAUGUAGCCAUCACUCGAGCCAAAUCAUUGCUUAUUGUUAUCGGGAACCCUCACAUCAUUUGCCAGGAUCCACACUGGAACAAGCUUCUGUGGUAUUGUGUCGAAAACAAAUCCUAUACAGGUUGCUUUUUGCCUGCGAGACAGGAAAGUGUAGAUGAUGAAUCUGUUGGAGGGAGAAAUAAUGAGACAAAUGAUCAGUUUUUUGAUGGUAGGGGAGAUACUGAGCUUAUUAAGCAUGAAGCCAAUGGCUGGGAAGAUCUCCCACCACCUGUUACUGAUCAAAAUGAAUGGGAAGAUGGUUGGAAAUAACUCUAAUGGUGAGAGAAAUUAGGUUUACUUUUGGAAGGAGUAACUGCUUGUGGAUGCUCUUCUGCACAAAUCUCAACAAGAUAAACUGCUAUAUAUUGUUCUAUGCUUCAAGUAUUUUUUUUUAUUA